AUGGCCUGUGAAAGAUUACUGGAUAAGAAGAGUCAUUUAGCCGAUGAGCAGCGAUCCACUGUGCUUCCUGAAGCCGAUCGAGAUGUUAUUGGCGACGAGCAAACAUGGGAUUGGUCAAAGGAACAGAUAAGGAAACGACUGUCAUUUAUAGUCCCAGGAAAUGAACUUAAAUGGCAACAGUGUAAUGAUGAUCUGUGUGAUUUAUUACUUGAUGCAUCGAAGAUGAUUUUGAAAAAUAUAUUGGAAGAAGCGCUGAAAAUGAAAAGAAGCCACCUGGUAAAUAGCACCGGGAUAUGCCAUAUGUUUGGUGCUCGUAAAAAACGGGUCGAAGGGAAUCGUCCUACCGACUCUUACGUCUUAUUAUCCAUGAAAACGCCAUUGUGUACUGCAGAUAUUAUGGACGCUUUGCAGGCAGAUUGCAGGUUUAUAAGUAAUGCUUGGAUUCGACAGCUACUGGUGGGAAGGUUGGUUGGAUUGGCUUUCCAAAAAACAAAAAAGAAAAUCUAUUUUGAAGUUUAAUAAUUAAAUUCAGUUUAAAGAAAUUAAUAUGCUGUGAUAUGCGAGAUGAAGAAAUAACAAUUGCUAUACAAUAAAUAAUUCUGGUUUUAUUUUAAAAUUUAGUGGAUAAUAUCCAAA